AUGUCAACAUCAGAGAACACAACAACAGUUAUAGUCCAUGAAGCUAUAAGUGAAGAAUAUGAGUGGGUUCAGUUUAACAAACAACUCCGUCUCAUUCGUUCAGUCAAAGACGAUAUGUACCAAAUGCAAAGUAUUUUGACAGCAUGUUUUGCUCCAGAUACCAAACAUACAGACGAUUGGUUCAAAAACCAAAGCACACAAGAACUUUUGAGCGAAGCACAGCGAGACAUACUUUUUUCUGAAAACAGUGAAGAACAGCGAGCCCGACUUCCAUCGGGGUCGCCAAAACUCUAUGAAAAUCGUAAAAAUUUGCCAAAUGGUUUGAGAGGUUGGUAUGUACAUAGACUUCUUGUAAAUGCAGUUGCAAUGUGGGCUUCACCUCGCUAUGCUUGUUAUAUUUUCAUGAUGUUAGAUGAACUAUAA